CAGAUCAACCCAUGAACCCGCCCUUCACCCUGGUCGACAGUCGCCGGUCCCGCUUCCGGCACAACGGCUUCCACUACCACAAAAGUGGUCCCGUUCGGCGCGGAAUCACCUGGUAUCGGUGCGCCCUGAUGCGCCGGCUCAAGUGCAAGGCAUCGCUGUCGGUGGGCCUGGCCGGUGACGUUCACCUGGGCAAGCACGGCCACAACCAUGCGGCCACCAAACCAGCGACGACGACGACGACGACGGCCAUGUUUACCGGCAAGAAGUUGGUGUUUCAGGGGCGCGAUUUGUACCGGCACGGGUCGUCCGAGCAGCGGCUGUACUGGCGGUGCGCGAGUGCGAAGACGAGCGGGUGUAACUUCCGGCUGCACACGGAUUACUACGGCCGGAUGGUGCAGGUCAAGAAUGAUCAUACUUGUGGAAGUUCGGACGUUUGAGUGGUUAACAGCGUUGCGAUUUGAGAGAUAUAAUUUAUUUCAACCAUUUCGAUGUACUUCGCACAAAAAGUGUGCCAGUUUUUGAACUUAACGUGUAUAGUUUGUAGUUUUUUAUGCUUAAUCGUAAUAAAUAAAGGAAAGUAGAAAAAGAACAAGCAAGCAGGCACGACACAAUUUGUGGUAAACUUAACGCCGAUCUCGGCCCUUUUUCGCCCGCGGCUGUACUUCGUCGUCGU